AUGCGGGAGAACAUCAACAAGGUCUCCCAAAGAGGCGAGCGUCUUGAUGCUCUGCAAGAUAAGACCGACAACCUGGCUGUCUCGGCCCAGGGCUUCCGUCGGGGCGCCAACCGCGUCCGCAAGCAGAUGUGGUGGAAGGACGUCAAGAUGCGCAUGUGCUUGAUUGCCGGCAUCAUCAUCCUUAUCCUCAUCAUUGUCAUUCCAGCGGGUGCGUUUUUCUCCCUCCCAGUGCGCCUUUCCUUUGGAUGGUUCGCAUUUCUUAAGUCUCGUUCGGCUCUAAUCUUGGUUUUGCAAUGUAGUCGUUGCAACCCGCUAACUUACCCGCCCAGUUGUUGCUACCCGCAAGUAACUAGAUACCACCAUUUUUGCAUCACACGACCCCCUGGGUCCAUGGUUAUGGUCCGUCCUCAUGAUAUGGAAUGA